GGAAUUAUUGAAAGUAAUGGAUAUUCCAUGUUUAUCUAAAAAUUUGUAUUAUAAAAUUCAAAAUGAAUUGGAUCAGGUAUGGAAAGAAUCAUUAUGGCUUGCUUUGGAAGAAGCUGGAAAAUUAGAACGUGAAGCUGCAAUUAAGGAAGGACAUGUAGAUUCACAUGGCAUUCCAUAUAUAACUGAUGGAUAUUUAGAUGGAGGAUGGUCUAAACGAAGCUAUGGACAUACGUAUAAUGAAAAUUCUGGAGCUGCUGUUAUAAUAGGGAAAACAACAGGAAAAGUAUUAUUCGUAGGUGUAAGGAAUAAAUACUGUUGUAUUUGCGCUAGAGCCGAAAACAAUAAUGAAGCUGCUAAAACACAUAUUUGUUUUAAAAAUUGGUCCGGUUCAUCAUCUUCAAUGGAACAGGAUAUAAUAGUAGAGGGAUUUAAUAACAGCAUAGAAAUGCAUGGGUUGAAAUACUUAAAAUUUAUUGCAGAUGGUGAUUCCUCAGUUUUUAAAAAUAUUAAAGAAAAGGUACCAUAUGGACACGAGGUUGUUAAAAUUGAAUGCAUGAACCAUGUAUUAAAAAAUUUCAGUAAAAACCUUUACAAAAUUAAAAAAGAUACUCAAGGGGUCCCUGUUGAUGCCAGAAAGAUGUUAAAAAGCGAUACUAUUAAUGAACUAAAUAAAUCAGUUCAAUCUGCAAUUUACGCAAAUACGCAGGAUCCAGAAAAUCUAAGAGCCGAUAUUAGAAAUUCAAUAUAUCACGUUUAUGGUAAUCACAGUGCUUGCAAACAGUAUUUGUUCACCAAUACUGGAGACGUUUCUAAUGAUCGAACAACUCAACUUAUAUCUUCUGGCCUGCAUCACCAUCUUUUUGGUGCUAUUGAGCAAUUAUUAAUGAAGGCUGAUUUACUUCUUUAUAAAUAA